GAAGAGUCUGUGCUGCAGGCCUCGGACCCGGAAGUUUACAGACAGCGAUAUUUAAUGUGUAAUGGUUUAAUGUUCUAAACAUGUCGGAGAUGUUACUGAGGGGGCUGGAAGAAGUGUCUCUUAUUCAGUCGGAGGAAGAAGAGAAGGGGAGCAGACGGAGUUUUCUGCUGAUUGAUGAGAAUGAAAGUCUCCAGGUGGAAGACGAAGGCCGGUUCCUGAGGAAACUGGGCUGCAGUGCGGCUGAAGGAGUCAAGGUGCUCUCCAUCUUCGGCAACACCGGCGAUGGCAAAUCUCACACGCUCAACCACGUCCUGUUUGACGGCGAGGACGUGUUCGCCACGUCUCCCUCUCCUGCCUCGUGCACUAUCGGAGUGUGGGCCGCCUACGAGCCUCUUUUGGGCCUGAUUGUGCUGGACACUGAGGGUCUUCUGGGGGCGUCCACACACCAGAACCAGCGAAUGCGUCUGCUGUUAAAAGUGCUGGCCGUAUCUGACGUAGUCAUGUACCGCACACGUGCAGAGCGUCUGCACAACGACCUGUUCCACUUCUUAGGAAGCGCUUCAGCUGCGUAUCUGAAGUACUUCACACCUCAGCUACGUGCUCUGUCCAGUCGCUGUGGGCUCGAAGUCCCGCUCUCAAACCUCGGACCAGCGGCGGUGGUGUUCCAGGAGACCUCACGUACUCAGCUGCUGGGUCACGAUACCACCGUCCCAGCAGACAUUGUGCUUCAGAAGCGUUUCCAUGACCUGGGCCUGAGCACAGAAGCUUUCAGCUCGGUGCAGUACGUGGGCACACAGACCAUCACACCUCCUACAGACUUCUCUCAGCUGAAGGAGACCAUCACAAAGCAGGUGAAGAGCACAGCAUCACGAGCCCCACGCCAGCCCAACAUCGUCUUCAGCGCGCUGCAGGCCUUGAGUGAUCGAUUCUGUGGAGAUAUCGCCGAUGACAAAAUUAUCAUGUACUCGUUCUUCCCUGAUGAGUAUUUCACCUGCCCCUCUGUCUGCCUCAGCUGCAGCAUUCGCUGCAAGAACGGCAUGAAUCACCAGAAAGACCGAGUACCUCACAUGGCAGAUGGACUGUGUCAGUACACUCAUCAGUACAGCAACAAGGUCCUCAUAUGCAAGAAAUGUUAUGAAGGAGGCAGGGAAGUCAUCGUUGUGCCCAAAACAUCAGCCUCCUCCGAUAACCCCUGGUUCGGUCUGGCAAAGUACGCCUGGUCUGGGUACGUGCUGGAGUGUCCACACUGUGGCAUCAUCUACAGGAGCAGACAGUACUGGAUGGGGAACCAGGACCCCGAGAGCACCGUAGUGCGCACUGAAGUCAAACACGUCUGGCAGGGGUCAGAGGUAUUCCAGGCAGACCACCAGAACGCAGCACAGCGAGUGCUUGAUGGUGUAAACUACGUCCUGCAGUCAGUCUCAGAGUACAGUUCUGGUCCCACUAAAGCCGUCACAGCCUGGAUCACAGAUCAGGUGGCGCCGCCUUACUGGAGACCAAAUACUGAGAUUACAGAGUGUCACGGCUGUAAGCGGAUGUUCGAGGAAGUGGAGAGGAAGCACCACUGCCGUGCCUGUGGUGAGGGUUUCUGUCAGGCCUGCUCUACCCGCAGCAUGCCCGUGCCCGAGAGAGGCUGGGGCAAGAACCCUGUGCGAGUUUGUGACUCCUGCCACCAGAGAGGAUCAGCUCCACAAACUGUCCAGGCAGUGGCGCAGACGGAGCCGAAGGCGCUGGUGGCCCGCAGGGUGACGGAGGUGGCGCAGUCUACGCUGGACAUCGUCUCCACUGCAGUAGACUACUCUCUGUGUUUUGUAAAAGGUGUAGCCAGACCUGACUACUGGGUUCCAGACCAUGAGAUCACGCAGUGCUACCAGUGUACCAAGGCGUUCAGCUCCAGCGUGUCCAAGCACCACUGCCGUGCGUGUGGUCAGGGUGUGUGUGGUGUGUGCUCGUCUCAGUGCCGCCCCGUGCCCUCCCGCGGCUGGGAUCAUCCGGUGAGGGUGUGUGAUGCUUGCGCCACUCAGUUAGACGCGCAGUGAAUCUGGAACUGGUGACACACUAAAACCCGGCGGCUCUCAGAAUUCUGCCGUUUAUUCCGGUGUGUUUUACCUGAAGGCAUUAAUCUAAAACAUCAGUAAGAUGUAGAUUGAUGCCGUAGACGAAGUCUGAAUUAAUCAGUAGCUUUUAAAUCCCUCUGCUUUGCUUUGGGAUCACAUUCGGGACAGCUUUUAUCUCCUGGGCUUUCCAGGUCCUCCCCUCGUGUAUCGUCCUAUAGCACGAUGUUUAUUACUCUCUCAGCACUACAGCUUGUAGUUUAAUGUUCAUAAAGAACAUUUUCAGGAGAAUUCAGGGCAGGAAAAUUCCCACUGUGAACAUGUUUAUUACACGGUGGGUGUGACAGAGAGACGUGUCACUCGGACGCUCGUCACGCUAAAUCAGGUACUUAUUAAUAAUCUGCCAGUUUCUGCUCCACGCAAACGUAUCGACAUAUAAUAAGCAAAAAAAUGCACUGAUUAAAGACCUGGCUGCAUGUUUGUGUGGGUGAUUUAAUCUGUCCAGAAGAACACACCCACUUAGAAGCCCCGCCCCCUUCGUCUCAUCUCAAACGAGUAUUCUCUCCAUUUAAAGGUUUGUAGUGAAUGUUUAGAGACUGGAGAAAGUUUUGUUUCAUUUAUAUGAAAUGAAUCAAAUUUAAUUUGUGUAAUUUAACUCAAGUACAACAAAAUACAUCCAGGCAUCAGUUCAGUGUGUUUAGAAAACGUGCCACUGAAAAUAGAGACGUGUGAUUUAUUCACUUUCUUCCCCUUUGCAGUUGCAGGUCUGUUCAGAACAUUAACACAUUCUGUCUCUGGGGUUCUUGCUGUUGUCGUUGUUGUUGUUGUUGUUUACAUUUUGCUGAACACUAUUCUGUGAGCGUUAUUUGAUCAGAUCUACAGAGCAGAAAGGUGUGGAGUCCGAGCUGAAUCUGUUAGGUUAUUGGUGCUUGACUGUGUGGUACAGCAGUGCUGUCACCAAGCACACAAUCAACACACUGAGUUAUGCAACCAUUAAAACACACAAUAACACAGCUGCCUUGCUUUUUUAACUUUUUUCAGUCGGAGGUGUAUGAGAUCACGUCUGCUCCAUCAGGGUGUCUGUUCCUCAGUGAUCAUAUAUCGCACUCUGACAGCGACACGCAGUUAAACAGUCCAUGUAUCUACACUAUUAAUGAGUCAGGUGUGUUCGUCUCUCUGCCUCGGUGGACGUACAGGCUUAAGAAUUCUCAGCAGUUUUGGGAAAGAUGAGUUAUGAAAAUUGUCUUUAUGGUUAAUUAGCUUAAAUUCCAACUGUACACACCUCCAGUUAUGCAGUAUCACAUGAGCCAGAGCUCAAAGCCACAGGCUGCAGGGUAGAAUUUCAACAGGUGCCAAUAAUUUCUCUUGUGUUUCUAUAAGCGAAUUAACCACAAAGACGUGUUUUCAUAGCCCUCUAACGGGGCGCCAAUACUUUUGGAGCUGGUAUUAUUAAUUAGAAGGCAGCAGCUGAAGCUGUAUCUGCUAAUAAACUUCAGUGGGUGCAUCUGCAUUCAGGUAGGAAGGGGCGGGGAUUCAGAUCAGCAGCCAAUCACAGUCGAGGAAGGUAACAUCUCACACCACCUGAAGCUGUUUGUAUCGAGCGUGUGUAUCGUGUGUAGAGUGUGUGUAUGGAGAUAUUUCAUGUAGUGGAGCUUUUCUUAGCAGUAAAGUAGGCGUGUCUUCAUAAUUAGUCAUUUUAUUAUUAAUAUUAAAAUGUUUUUAUGCUAAAUUUACCCAAAUCGAGUAAAAAGUAGCUUUUGAUGUCCUGCUAGUUUAGUGUGUGUGUGUCGGUAUGUGUGUGUGUGUGUGUCGGUAUGUAUGUGUGUGUGUGUCGGUAUGUGUGUGUGUGUCGGUAUGUGUGUGUGUGUGUGUCGGUAUGUGUGUGUGUGUGUGUCGGUAUGUGUGUGUGUGUGUGUCGGUAUGUGUGUGUGUGUGUCGGUAUGUGUGUGUGUGUGUCGGUAUGUGUGUGUGUGUGUCGGUAUGUGUGUGUGUGUGUCGGUAUGUGUGUGUGUGUGUCGGUAUGUGUGUGUGUCAGUAUGUAUGGUGUGUGUGUGGGUGUGUGUGUGG